ACUCAGGUACAAACCCAAAGCUUAUCGCUGAUUUCACCUCCAUAUUUCUAUCUGUGCUUGUGUCCGUGUGUGUUUGAGUGAGAGAGAAGAAGAGAGGCACAUCUGCUACACUUUGUUUCUCCUAGUCCUAAUGCAGUUAAUGGUUUGAUUACUUUCUUUGCUUAGCUUAAAAUUUUAAUGUGUGAUUGUCAUCUGUAUAAACUGGAAAGUUCAAUUGAUAGUGAUAUGUCUAACUUUCAUACAUCACACACACAAUACACAAUAUGUUUGUGAAAGUUUGUAAUGUAAGUGAUUUGUCAGGGUAAUUUAAACGGUACACACCUUUACAAACCGUGAUUGUUUGAGUAAGUUCACAGGGAAAUAAUGCCUCAUUGUAAGAAGUUCAUAUAAUAUUAUUAUUUUGUGGGUUGUGGGGGUGGGGGUGGGGGAAGACAUUCAAGGCUAAUGGGGGAAAAACCAUGCUUUUAAAUGCUAUUGGGUGAGGAAAUAUCGUAAUGAUGAGGGAAAGGCUUCAUAUUUGAAAUAGUUUGAACUUUGAAGUUGUUGAAAUCCCGAGUAUCCUUGGGAAUAUUGAGUAAAUUAGGAAAGUGGGUAAAUGUUGAAGAUUGUAUAUUGUUCUGUAGGGAGAUUGUUUCCUUGUUUAGAAUAUUUGAUUGUAUUAUAUAUUCUAAGAUUAGGAUGUACAAGAUUCAGAAUUCAAGAAAUACAGAAAUUUCAUUUUGUUUUCAUGGUAUCAGAGCUAGGGUUUCUAAACCUUAGUUAGCAAUGACCGACGGCGCCGUCAACAGCAAAGGGUUGUGCUCCUUUGAAACUUUUGACAGUGACUCUGAAGCCACCUCCAUCGUGGGGUCUCUCGAAUUGGGUUCAAUGGCGGCAUCGCGGUGACUCUGAGAACUCCAAUCGCAGCCGGCAAACAAGACUUGCGUCGAUUGUUCGCAGAAGAACCCACAAAGGGUGUCAAUAUUGUACGGUGUCUUCAUGUGUCUCAAGUGCUCUGGCACUCGUUGCUCACAUCAUCUUCGUCCGAUCGGUGACAAUGGACUCCUGGUUGGAGAUCCAUCUCAAGAAGAUGGAGGAUGGCAGCAACAAGCAGCUUAAUGUCUUCUACAAGGGCAGCAGUGACCAUUUCGUGGAUGGCCUCAUGAACUUCUUGUCCGACAUAGGCGAUGACGACAACGAUGACGACAAAACCAAAGCGAGUCUACCUUCUUCUAUUUCUAUCUUGACCAAGAUGGACCUCGAUGAUUGCAACUGUUCAUUCCCUGAAGUUGCAAAAGAAGAAUUGGAAUGGCUUUCGAAAAAAGAUGCCUUUUCGAAGCAACGGAGCUGGGUGUCGAUUCUUGAAACGAGCAACAGUAACAGUACUGGCAGGAUGCAUUCAAACUCUCACAGGAAGGUAAUAGAGAUGAGAAAGCUGAGGCAGAGUGAGGUGGUGGUGGCGAAGUCUUUGGAUAUGUCCCCACAGGAUAAAGCGGUAAUAAAUGCAAACGAUGUUGCAAUUAAAAAUUAUGAAAGGGAGCUUUUCAUUGAUGGAAAAAUGUUGAGGUAGGGCCUACCUAGUUCGGUGGAUUAGAUCUCGUUUAGUUAUUGUACGGGUUCGUCUUCCAUAAACAUUUUUUUGGGUUCUUUAGCCCAAAGAAGUAAUUUUUUGCAAGCCUUGAAUAUAACCUUUAAAUCCAAAACUCCUUGGAUUAUUGAUUGUGGUGCUUCUGACCACAUAACCGAUGCCUAUCAUCUUUUCUCUUCAUAUUCACCCUGUGCUGGAAAUUUGAAAGUUAAAAUUGCAAGUGGAUCACUCUCAUCUGUCGCAGGCAAAGGGACUAUCCGACUCUCCGACUCCAUCACACUAGAGUCUGUUCUUCAUGUUCCUAUUUUAUCCUACAACUUACUUUCCAUUAGCCAGUUAACUAAAAACUCUAAUUGUUUUGCUAAAUUUCUUCCCUCUCAUUGUGUUUUUUAGGACCUAUCAUUGGGGAAGACGAUUGGUAGUGCUAAGGAGUAUGAGAGACUCUACUACUUUGAAGAGGCUAAU